UUGACAACACUAGUUCUUGGCUAUUGACGUUUCAUAUUUGGGGGCGGAUUUCGUUCCAAUUUUUACCGUGUUUUCUGAUAAAAUGAGAGUGUUUAGCUUAGUUUGCCGUUAGUAAAUAGCAUAAAAUCCUAUUAGGACCCCAUGGUUAUAAGUGGUGUGUAACAGGCCUAAAGAUGAUCGGGGGUCUAUUCGUGUACAACCACAAGGGUGAGGUGCUGAUCUCGCGCGUGUACCGCGAUGACAUCGGGCGCAACGCCGUGGACGCGUUCCGCGUGAACGUGAUCCAUGCGCGGCAGCAGGUCCGCUCGCCCGUCACCAACAUCGCUAGGACCUCCUUCUUUCAUAUUAAGCGCGCCAACAUCUGGAUAGCGGCUGUCACGAAGCAGAAUGUCAACGCUGCCAUGGUGUUUGAGUUCCUGCUCAAGAUCAUUGAUGUGAUGCAGUCGUACUUCGGCAAGAUCUCGGAGGAGAACAUCAAGAACAACUUUGUUCUCAUCUAUGAGUUGCUGGAUGAGAUCCUGGACUUCGGCUACCCGCAGAACUCUGACACGGGGGUGCUGAAGACCUUCAUCACGCAGCAGGGCAUCAAGUCCGCCUCCAAGGAGGAGCAGGCACAGAUCACCUCUCAGGUGACGGGUCAGAUCGGCUGGCGGCGCGAGGGCAUCAAGUACCGGCGCAACGAGCUGUUCCUGGACGUGCUGGAGUACGUCAACCUGCUCAUGUCGCCGCAAGGUCAAGUGCUCUCGGCCCACGUGGCGGGCAAGGUGGUGAUGAAGUCGUACCUCUCCGGGAUGCCGGAGUGCAAGUUCGGGAUCAACGACAAAAUCGUCAUGGAGGCCAAGGGGAAGGGCAGCGAUUUUGCUUCAAUGGAUUUGAGGUCUGGCGGCGGCAUAUCUGGCAACCAGGACAACGACCCGGCCAGAUCUGGCAAGCCGGUGGUGGUCAUCGACGACUGCCAGUUCCAUCAGUGCGUGAAGCUGAGCAAGUUCGAGACGGAGCAUUCCAUCUCUUUCAUACCUCCUGAUGGAGAGUUCGAGCUUAUGCGGUACCGAACAACCAAAGACAUCUCUCUACCGUUCCGAGUGAUCCCAUUGGUUCGCGAGGUCGGACGCACUAAGAUGGAGGUCAAGGUGGUGUUGAAGAGCAAUUUCAAACCUUCCCUCCUUGGACAGAAGAUCGAAGUUAAGAUACCCACGCCGCUGAACACUAGCGGCGUGCAGCUGAUAUGUUUGAAGGGAAAAGCCAAGUACAAGGCGUCGGAAAAUGCUAUUGUUUGGAAAAUCAAGCGCAUGGCAGGCAUGAAAGAGACCCAGCUGUCGGCCGAGAUCGAGCUGCUCGAGACAGACAACAAGAAGAAGUGGACGCGCCCGCCCAUCUCCAUGAGCUUUGAGGUGCCGUUCGCCCCGAGUGGGUUCAAGGUCCGCUACUUGAAGGUGUUCGAGCCCAAGCUGAACUACUCGGACCACGACGUGAUCAAAUGGGUGCGCUACAUCGGCCGCUCCGGACUGUACGAGACCAGAUGCUAAGCGGAAUGGACGAAGUUGCAUGGAUCAAUCAAAAAGUAAAGGAUUACACCGUGGAUAUGGAACAUUGGUAAUAGGCGUACUUCAUAUACCUAAUUUAAUAUAAUUAAUAUUAUAAAUUCUCGACAGUGAAUGAGAUUCAGUCUAUCAAUAGAUUUUAUUUUUUUAUUAUUUCGUUUUUAAUUGUACAUUUUAAGCUAAUAUGAAAUGUAUACAUUGCAGCUGGUCA